ACUCGUCUCUUCCUUCCCAUAAUUCUUUGCGGGGUUGCGGCCUCUUCCUUUUUCUUUUUUUCCUAGGGGCUGUCGGCACCGCCAUGGGAGUCGACAUUCGUCACAACAAGGACCGGAAGGUUCGUCGUAAGGAGCCUAAGAGUCAGGAUAUUUAUCUUCGCCUCCUGGUCAAGCUCUACAGAUUUCUUGCUCGACGGACCAAUGCAAAAUUCAACAAGGUGAUCCUCAAACGGCUCUUCAUGAGCCGCACCAACCGCCCUCCACUGUCCAUAUCUCGCAUGAUCCGGAAGAUGAAACUACCAGGCCGGGAGAACAAAACCGCUGUUGUGGUGGGGACAGUGACAGAUGACGUCCGCAUCCAGGAUAUCCCCAAGCUGAAGGUUUGUGCCCUCAGAGUGACCCAGGGUGCCCGUAGCCGCAUCCUGAAAGCUGGAGGCCAGAUCAUGACUUUUGACCAGUUAGCCAUGUCUGCCCCCAAGGGCCAAGGAACCGUGUUGCUUUCUGGACCCAGGAAAGCCCGUCAGGUUUAUCGGCAUUUUGGCAAGGCCCCUGGCACCCCGCACAGCCACACUAAGCCAUACGUCCGAUCCAAGGGUCGCAAGUUUGAACGGGCCCGAGGUCGCCGUGCCAGUCGAGGCUAUAAAAACUAGAUUGAUUCUUAGUGAAAAUCAAGAUGUACCAUUUACCACACAUUAAAGCUGCCAUGCUGGAUGUCAGCUAACACCCA